AUGACGUCCCCCCGGUCGGUCACCGUAAAAGAAGGCGACAACUUGUGGCGCAUCGCCGAGGACCUCGGCGUCAGCUGGGACGCACUGCGGAAGGCCAACGCUGACGUCACUCAUGACGUCAUCCAGCCUGGCACCGUCCUCCGAAUCCCCCAGCCUCCGCCCCUGGACCCCCCUGAAGCCGUCGAGGUCGGGGAGGGGGAUAGCUUAUGGACGAUCGGGCAGCGGUGGGGGGUGGACUGGCAGCAGCUGAAGCGGGCGAACGAGCUCGAGGAUGACGUCAUCAUGCCGGGCGAGGUGCUGCGGAUACCGAGGGGGGAGGGGGGCGUGCGCGGGUGGGUCCAGCGGGCGGUGAAGCGGAUAGCGGGCCAGCGGACCAAGCCGGUGACGGUGCGGGAGGGGGACACCGCGUGGGACAUCGCGGCGCGCUUCGGGAUCACCGUCACAAAGCUGCAGGCCCUGAACCACGGGCUGUCGCUGGACGCCAUCUUCCCGGGAGACGUGGUCCUGGUGCCUCACUCCGCGCUCGAUCGCGCCCAAUGUUUCCUGGGGCUCGCCCCGCGCCUCGGGCCACUUCAGCGCGCCGAUCCAGACAACCCGGCGUCACCCUUCGUCUUGGCAGGCCCCCUUCACAGCAGCGAAGAAGCCAUCGCUCGGAUGCGGCAGCGGCACCGCAAGUUGCUCAACGGCAUCCGGCACGUCGAGAGCAGCUUCCUCAUGCCGGCGCCCGUUGGUGACGACGGCUUUAGCAUCGGACCGCUGCAAAUAAGCAAGGAGUACCACAUGGACGCGUGGUGGCUGGAGCAACUAGACGCGGCGCACUAUGCGCGCGUGGACGAGGUGGAGCACGCGGAGGCGACGGCCAUCCAGUACUGGCUGCGCUACUGCCCGUGGGCGCUCGACUUCGGGGACUACCAGACGCUCGCGCGCAUCCACAAUGGGGGGCCCGCCUUCUACGAGAACCUCAAGACCACCAACUACUGGCGGCGGGUGCAGAGCGGGCUUAGAAAGUACGGCUAUCGGGAGCGGCCCAAGUUCUACGACUUUCUGCACGAGCCGGCGUCGCCCGACCGCAGAGCGAAGCAGCUGCGCCUCGAGGCGCCUCUUCUGGGGCUUGUCCUCUCGCCCCUCCUGCGGCGGCCCAAGAAGACGGACGAGCAACAAGGCCCACAGGGGGGAUCUUGAGUUGCAAGAGCCUGGGUGUUUUGAAAUGUUUUGAAAGUGGACGACUCUGGCGGUAAAAGUCAAAAGAAAAGUUUGAGUGCGUCGUGUGUAGCUUUUCUGGGUGAUUCUUAUCUUAUCUUAUCUGGAUGUAAGGAUGGUGGUCAAGACAGGGUCGCAAAGAUCCGGGAUCACGUCUGACAUUUUGCAAUCCGGUGUCCAUGAAGCGACUUGAGGCAGUAGUGGGGCGUUACUUGCCCUUUAGUGGAGGUCGGCCAAAAGAGUCCAUUUCCGACUUCAUCGCUGAGGAAUGUUGUCUUAAAAGGUUUGGAGCUGUAAACUCUAUGUAACGGCAUCAUUUCUGCACAAGCAAUACGCAAAUGGAUACCGCUCAUAUGUGACCGGUGUCUAGCAGGGUCGCCGGAGGGAAAGCCUAUUUGAUGACUACCUAGCACCACGUGGCGGACACGGUUAACCAUUGUAAUAUGCAGCAUUUGUGAUUCUGCGUAUGUGAUCGAGCCAAAUUACUUAAAAAAACGCCACUCCUGGCC